CAGUAAAACUUAAGACUAAAAAUUUGAGCCUGAGAUGAGAGCUGACAAUGCGGUGUGUGUAUGAUUUAGCGCAAUAUCAGUGUUAGAUGCCGGUAUGGUGAUACUGUACUGUCAGCCAUUUUUAUGCUUCUGAGACAACUUUACUCCCAAGUCAAAGUGGUCCUGUACCGUUUCGGGUGUUUUUCCACCAUUCCCCAGCCCAAAUCAUCAGGUGGCAUUCAAUGACACGGCAAUACGCAACUCUGCUUGUGAACUCGGGCGCACCCCCGCCCCUGGCGAUCUAAAAGGUCAUGAGAAACAUUGCGCUAAUCCUUUCGCCGUUCCUGCUCGUCUUCUGAAAGCAAGGGGGGCGGCGGGGAGGCUUUUGUUUGUCCCGAACAAAAGGGAUGUGGGAGUGAGCAAAGAGUCGGCGCACCAGCACUACCACCUGCAAUUAACAGCUUACAGGUCGGCCCUUGGAUGACCACACGGAGGAGAGGAAACGUCAAGAUUAGCUGGGAAGGAACUUGAAAGACUUUUGUCACACAGUCUUGCUUUAAGCGGAAACGGGAGGACAGUCACCUUAUACCCUCGGUACUGUGAUUGUGGAGGGCGACGGAGGAUGGUUUAAUCACGCGGCUCACUCAAUCAUCAACGAGGUCUUUUGUUUGCCGCCCCAUAUGUUGGAUUGGCCUCCAUUGACGUGGACAUCUGCCCACUUGGCUCUGUGAUAAUUGGCUGGAAAUAGAGCUUUUGCCCUAUUAAGACUUAAACGUGUGCUCACGAAUCUCUGCUAAAUGUAUCGCGAUAUUUUGCCCGCAUUGAUGACAACAUCCCGAUAGAGUGAUAAGGUUGCACGAAUUUGUGUAAACGGCAGAGACGCAUCAUCGACAUACUGAGGAGGAAGAGAAGCAUGGCAGAUCAUGGAUGCAUGCAUGCAGUAUGAGGGCCCAUGGGUGGUGGAUCAUUUGUCAACCCACACAGGAGGCAUGCUGGUAGCACACACACACACACACCUCAUUUCAGUGGGGGGGACCGGGUGGAAAGCACGGGAGGAUGUAGGCCCAAGCCGAGCGUGACGCCCCUUUACUGACCAAAAAUGGAACAAAAUGAAGAGGGAUGAAGAUCACGGGGGGGAAAAUAAUACAUGUACAAAAGAUAAAAACCAAAUUCAAACAAAGAAGUUGACAUAAAACAUAACGGUAGUCAAAUAAUGUCUCAUGCAUCAGUUUGUGGACCAAUAUAAUUUCCACUAAUGUACGAUUGCACAACUUGUUUCUGCUUCCCUCAAGUGGCCAACAUUAAUAUUGCAACUUCAAUUCUAGUUGUCACGACAGCCGGUUUAUAUAUGUGAAUUCCUGUACUUACUAAGACCAACCAUCAACCCUAACCAGAAACACAAACCUUAAGGCUCACCCUAAACCUACCCCCCCUAACUAAAACCAGUCACAAUUAUUGUCGGUACUUUUCCUCGGGGUCACUACAAGCUGGCAUCACGCCAGUCCGAGUUGCCAGCGUGGGAUCUAAACUCAUUUCUAUGCUGGGCACAAACGCAGUUUGAAAAGGCCUGAGAGGAACAAAAAGUGAGGGCGAAGUGGGGGGGGGGCUCAGUUGACUGAGUGCCCCCACACAACAGCCCAUCCUUGUCCUCCAUUUCUGCUUUGCCGAGAACAGUACCGCAGUGUUCCGGGACCGAGAUUUAUCGGCGUACCCUCGCGCUCGGGGCCCGGUAAAGAUAAAGGAGCGCAUCACGCGAGGGCAGCGGGGGGGGGCCGCCGACAUAGGGGGAGCAAAGCCGGGUGUAUAUAAACGCAGGUCGGCGCACAUUCCCGAUCCCACGCUCCCGCUUGUGCUAUAUCGCCCACCUCACCCGUUGCCCGGACCGCAGCCAUGGCGUUCGACGGAACUUGGAAGGUGGAACGCAGUGAGAACUACGACGCCUUCAUGGAACAAAUGGGCAUCAACGUGAUGAAGCGCAAACUCGCCGAGCAUGACAACCUCAAGAUUUGCAUCCAGCAGACUGGAAACGAUUUCCACAUCAAGGAGUCCAGCACCUUCCGCACCAAAGACAUCCAUUUCACUCUUGGUACACCCUUUGACUACAGUCUGGCCGAUGGCACCGAGGUCUCGGGUACGUGGGAGAUGGAGGGCGAGAUGCUGAAAGGCAAAUUCACACGCAAGGACAACAACAAGGUGCUGACCACCACCAGGAUCCUGCUGGGAGGAGAACUAGUGCAGAGUUACAACUAUGAAGGUGUGGAUGCCAAGAGGAUCUUCAAGAAGCAGUAAUUUAGAUUUUUGUUACCUACUGUAGGUUUCUUUUUCUGUAUUUUUACACAUAGGAAACAUAAUUGGAACUCAAAGCAAUAUUAACAUUUUCCAUCAAAUCCAUGUAAAUGGUUAAUUCUUUGCAAAUAAUUUAAAUAAAGUUUAUAUACAUUUAAAAAAAAAAAAGUUUGCAAGUGCAGUUUUUUCAUU